UACAUGGUAACGUCGACUGGUUUCUCGUACGCCAACAGGUUCAUGGGUUAUGUAACAGAAGGUUUAAUCGUAGUAGCGAUUGCCUAUGGAUUUUACAAACUAUGGAAUCAUUUCUACCUUGAUGAUGAAUAUUUUGAGUCGCUGGCACCACCAGCAAAUAACCAACAGGUCUACUGCCGCGUCCUCGUGAUCGGGCUGGAUGAUGCUGGGAAGACGAGGUUUACCAGAAGCUUCUGUAAAGGAAAAGACCGCACGGAACACCCAAGAGAAAAAACAACGGCAGUCUACGUCAACUCGGUCCGCUUGGGAUCCACGCGUCUCGAUAUGUGGGAUGGUACAUAAAUUAUUACUUACAAG